AUGAGCCAAACAGACUGGACCACCAGCCUGAGUGCUAUCGGGCUCGCAACCUUGUCCCUCAUCGCAUUCAAAGUCACCCGCCAAGUAUCCGUCUAUUGCCUCCCAUCUUCACUACCACGCUACAAUCAAAGCGGCAACAACUGGGCCUUUGUCACCGGUGCCACCGAUGGAAUCGGCUUCGGAUUCUGCGAAGAGCUUUGUUCGCGUGGAUUCAACGUGAUCCUGCACGGGCGCAACCAGGAGAAAUUGAACCGACGCGUGCAAGAACUCCAGGCUGCGUUUCCGGAGCGCAAGACGGGCGUCGUGGUCUUCGACGUGGUCGACGUCGUCAACCAGGAGGUGGAUCGUAUCGCGGCCCAAGUGCGCGAUAUCAUCGGUGCACAGGGUAAACUGAGCCUGUUGGUGAACAAUGUCGGCGGGGAGAUGAGGCCGGCGGUCAUGCUGAGGGAGUUGAGCAGCUCGGAUGUGGACGCGACGAUCAAUAUGAAUGCGCGAUUUACGGCACAGAUCACAAGGCUGCUGUUACCGUUCCUAGAAGAAAGGCAUGAGGAUGGUCCGUCGGGAUUCGUCAUGAACGUCUCGUCGUUUUCCUGCUUUGGCUUGCCUUAUCUUAGCAUUUACUCGGCGACCAAGGGCUUUGUGACGACAUUUACGCGUGCGCUCGAGGCAGAGUGUAGAGCCGAGGGUCGAGGCGUCGAGGUCAUGGGCCUUCUUGUGGGAGAAGUCAGGUCGGGCAGUUAUAAGGUGGAAGAGACUUUGUUUAUCCCCAAGGCUCGGACAUUGGCCCAGGCUGCAUUGAAUCGGAUCGGGUGUGGUCGAGUGAUGGUCGCGCCAUACUUCUGGCACUGGGUACAAUCUGUUUCGUUCGAGAUCUUUCCUCGCUGGAUGCUGAUGAAGUUCAGCGUGGAGAAGAUGAAGUCGAUUAGGGCAAAUGUGGAGAAAUCGCAAAAAAGUAAAUAA